UCGUGAUGCUGCGGUCGGCGUGUCUCCGGCGCUGUGCGCGGUUUCUCUGCUGGAUCCCGCUUACGAUCGUUAUUAUUGUCGUGAUGUGGUCAUAUUACGCCUAUGUUGUGCACUUCUGUUGGUUUUUGCUCACCUGUUCGACGCAGAGAGUGGCUUUUUUGUGCCUGUUCCACGUUUGUUUUGGGAUGCUCUCGUGGUCUUUUUGGAAAGCCGUUUCGACUCCACCAUCCUUUCCCUCAGCGGAGUUUCAGCUCAUUUCUUCAGACUCGCCACUUUAUGAGCAGGAACAUGGACAUUUGAAAAAGAGUCACAUUCUUCUGGAAAUCACCCAGAAGCUUCCUAUUCACACCCGUACAGCAACUGGAGCUAUCAGGUUCUGUCAUGACUGCCAAUUGAUAAAACCAGAUCGCUGCCAUCACUGUUCAGUCUGCCAAAUGUGUGUACUAAAGAUGGACCAUCAUUGCCCCUGGUUAAAUAACUGUAUUGGAUUCUCCAACUAUAAGUUCUUCAUGCUGUUUCUCCUCUACUCACUGCUGUACUGCCUUCUCAUUGUCACCACCGUUACCCCGACCUUCAUCAGAUUGUGGCUGGGCCAGCUGUUUGAUAGUUGCGUUAAACUGCAUGUUUUGUUCCUGAUGUUGGUGUCCGCCAUGUUUGCAGUCACCCUUUGUUUUCUGCUUAUCUUCCACAUCUGGCUGCUUACUCGCAACAAAACUACACUUGAGUGGUUGUUAGUCCCUUUUUUUGCAGAUGGACCAAGCAGUGAGGCGUUCGAUGUGGGUGCCCGAGCAAAUUUCAUACAGGUGUUUGGAAAGAAAAAGACACUUUGGCCAUUUCCAGUAUUUAGCAGUGAAGGGGAUGGACAUUCAUUCCCCUUGAAAUGGCAGAUGUCAUCUAACAAUGCUUCAGCGAUGAAUGGGCAUUGUGAUAUGAAAGUCAUGGUCUCACCUGAGGGUGUCUCGGUUACCAUAGCAGCAGAUGACUAGCAGUAAUGGAAUAAGGUUGAGAAAAUGUGACAUUGCCACCAGAAGUCUCUGGGAUGCUACAGAAAUCUCAAUCACAGGUUAAGCUUUCAGGAACAGCAGGCAGCCCUAAGGGAGACAAGCGUGAGGGUGAACAACUGCCUGCAUGCUCAGUUUUCACCUGGAACACUUCCUGUGAGAGAGAUCAGGUCUCAGAAACCUCUUUUACUGAUCAAGGUGUGAGAGAGCUUUACCGGGUGUCUCUUCUUCUGGGUGAUAAUGUUUUAAAAAUUAUUCUUUUGUGCUGAAAAGCUUAGUUGUUAUUUUGUUGUGGAAG